CUUUUCGUGCUACUCAAAAGGACAAUCUGAAGAGACAUAUUCGCAUUCAUACUGGUGAGAAGCCGUAUGCUUGUGCGCACUGUCCGUACACCUGUGCUGACAAGAGCAAUUUGAAGAGCCAUGUGUGGAAUCAUCAUAAGUAAGGUAGAACCGGAGAUGGGUGGAUAUCCAAGGCCAGGACGGAGAGGACCUCAGGAGGUUGACAGGACCUACACCCUGACUAGCAAGAUGCACCACUGCUCCUUCUGUGCCUACUCUACUAUAGUCAAGUCUAAUCUUAUAAGACAUGCAAGAAUUCAUACUGGAGAGAAACCGUUCUCAUGUUCUCACUGUAGUUACCAGACAACGAUAAAAGAUAAUUUGAAAAGACAUCUUCUCACCCACACUGGCGAAAAACCAUUUGCAUGCCCAUAUUGCCCUUAUCGAGCUAUUCAGAAAGUUCACCUUUCUUCACAUAUGAGAAGUCAUUACAACAGUGGGAAUGAAGUAGGAAAUUACAGUCAGUGAUAUUUUUCUAUGUUUUAUAUAUUUUACAAAGAAACUUCUUUCUAAUAAGGAUUAAUGAAGUAGAUAAUGCAUAAACACACCUAAAAUUGAGACAGUUGUGCAGUUGUAAUCAUUCCUUUUCUUGUAUUUAAAUGCAUAUUGAAAUGUAGACUACAAUUGUAUUAGGAAUUUAUUAUUUGAUGAAUAUACACAUAGCAUGUACAUGUAUGAUGUGACAAUGUAUUUUUUAGGUAAAACGUAAAGAGAAUUAUUAUGGAAUAAUUUAUCCCAUAAUGAGUCUGACAAAAGUGUCAUGUUUCAUGAACCAGAAAUAACUACACAGUAAUAAAAAAAAAUCCUGUUUUUUAUUUAUAGUCUUCUGUAUCAACAAACAAAAAAUAUUUAUAUUUCAAUAAAAGUACUAGCGUUUUAUUUAUCUAAUCACUAAUCAGUUUUAUUAGGUGAUUAAUUUUGUUGAUGUUUUUAUCUAGUCAGUGCAUUCAUAUUUACAUUUUAAUAUUACAAAAAUAUAAAUGUAAAGCAGAUCAUAUGUUCUUU